AUGCCCCCUCCACUCCCCUCUUCCCACCGCGGGAUGACCGCAAACCCGCUCAAGCCGGUGGGCCGUUACCGACCAGGAAAAGCAGUCGCUGAAGAGCAUUCAUCUUCCGAAGAAGAGGUGGAAGAAGACGAUAUUGAGGCACAGAAAGAACAAGAAAGACGACAAGCGGAAACUCGUCGCAAACAGCAAGCACCGAAAGCGAGCUCCUUCCCCUCUGCAGCUGCCCGCAAAGCUGUACAAGAAGCCCAGGAUGAGGACGAGGAGGGAUUUGUCACUGAAGAUGACGAUGAGGAGGAAGAGGACGACGAUGACGCUGCCGUCUCAGCACCAGAACCUAAAGCCGCGCUACCUAUACAAGCUCGUCCAGCUGGCGUUACCGCGCCAACAAAAACACAGACAGCUGUCGCAGGAGAGUCAGAAGAAGAGGAUGAUAGCUCCGAAGAAGAGAGUAGUUCCGAAGACGAAGCUCCCCGGCGAAUGUUAAUACGGCCUACUUUUAUUAAGAAGGAUAAGAGGAACCAAGCAACUAAGGAUCAAGCACAGGCUGCAUCAGUUCCUACAGAAUCGACAGAAGAGAUUGAGGCACGCCGAGCAGCCCAACGACAAGAAAAAGCGGACCAAUUAGUCCGUGAUCAAUUAGAAAAAGAUGCGAUUGCGCGCUCAUCAGCAAAUAAAGCCUGGGACGACGACGACGACUUAGCCGAAGCAGACGAUGAAGCAGCCAUUGACGACAAAGACGGCGUUGACCCAGACUCCGAAUACGCAGCAUGGAAGCUCCGAGAACUGAAACGAGUCAAGCGCGAGCGCGAGGCAAUCGAGGAAGCAGAGAAGGAGCGUGAAGAGAUCGAGCGCCGGCGCAAUCUCACACAAGAAGACCGCGAUCGCGAAGAUGCCGAGUUUAUCGCGCAACAAAAAGAAGACCGUGAGGCAACACGAGGCCAGGGUGGAUUCAUGCAGCGCUAUUUCCAUAAGGGCGCGUUCUUCCGUGGCGAUCUAGAGAAAGAAGGUCUGGAUGAACGCAAUGUGAUGGGUCGAAAAUUCGUGGACGACGUUGCGCGUGAUACCCUCCCACAAUACAUGCAAAUCCGUGAUAUGACGAAGUUGGGCAAGAAAGGCCGUACGCGUUACCGUGAUCUUAGGUCGGAGGAUACUGGACGAUUCGGUGAAGGGUAUCAGAAUCGCCGCGGUGAUAAUGCGCCGCCUAUUGGCGUUACUGAUGAGCGUUUUAUGCCUGAUCGUGGCGAUGAUCGAGGCUCAGGACCUAGUGGGCCAACGGGCGCUAAUGCCAGUUUUGUUCGAUCAAGGUGGAGAUCUCGCUCUCGCUCUCCCCGGAAGGACAGUCGUGAUGAUCAAGGUGGACGGAGUAGGUCUAGAGAGCGUCGAAAACGCAGCCCGUCGCCAUAUGAUGACCGCGACAAGCGACGACGAGUGGAUAGCUCUUCAUGA